AUAUAAGAGCAUAUAAGAGCAAUAAUACAAGAUGGCGCAGAUAGGAGUUGUUCGAAGUUUUGUACGCGGGUCGUUAAAAGAAAAAUUAGUGCUUAAUUAUUUUAUUUAAUGAACAAAUACAAAUAUUAAUUUUAUCAUUAUUUUAAUUAACAAUAGUAAUAACAAAUACUCAUUGUUUUUAUUUAAUAGUAAUAAAAGUGAAGAUUUUUAAUUAAGUAUGUGUGAAUAAAUAAGUAAUAGUGAUGUUAUGAAAAUAACAAAAAAAAACUGAAUUAUAAUUUGUCGUAAUAUUUUAUCUAAACCUACGCAUUUUAAGAUAAAAGCAAACAUCAUCCUACACAAUUAUUUCUUAGCUAUACGUGUCAUCUAUAUAUAAUAGGAAAAUGGGCCUACCGUGUGAUUGGCAAAUAUCAAAACAAAAAAUUUCUCAAAGAGGACGUUAUUUAUUGGAGUCUGGACAAUGGUCAGACUGUAAAUUUAUUGUGGGUCAAGAACCGCAACAACAAAUCCUUGAGGGCCAUAAAUUAUUUUUAGCGAUGUCUAGUCCUGUAUUUGAAGCUAUGUUUUACGGUAGUAUGGCAGAAAAAUCAGAUCCAAUUCCUAUUCGUGAUGUACAGCCAGAAGCAUUUAAAACACUAUUAGAAUAUAUUUAUACGGAUAAAGUUGACUUAGGAUCAUUUGAAUUAGCUUGUGAACUUUGUUAUUGUGCCAAAAAAUACAUGUUACCGUAUUUAGUCGAAGAAUGCACAAAAUAUUUAUGGUCUGAUUUAUCACCAAAUAAAGCAUGUAGGGCUUAUGAAUUUGCUAAAUUAUUUGAAGAACCAGUAUUAAUGGAUAAAUGCUUACAAAUAAUUUGUACAAAAACGAAUGAAAUUUUAAACGAACCAAGUUGGGAUGAAGUUGAACUUAGUACAAUUAUUACGAUAUUUGAACAGGACGAACUACAAAUUGAUUCGGAAAUUGAAUUAUUUGUUGCUAUUGAACGAUGGGCUAAAGCUGAAUGUAAUCGUAAAUCAUUAAAUCCAUCUGAUGCUAAAUCUUCAAGAUCAGUUAUUGGUAACGUAUUAUCUAAAAUACGAUUUUUAACUCUUACUCCACAACAAUUUGCUGAAGUUCCUGGAAGAUCAAAUCUUUUAUCUCGUGAUGAAGCAUUUGCAAUACUUAUGAAUGUAUCAUCCAGCGGAAGUAAUAUUCCUAUGCCUGAAGGAUUUUCUACUAAUCCAUUACAUCGAAUUAAGCCUCGAAGGCCAUCAGGACUUCAUAGUGGACGAAGUCAGAAAUACAAUGGAGUAAUAGGUCGACACGUUAGUCCAUCAAAUUCAUCAAACCACUGGCAAAUUUAUCCGUCUACAUCAUUUAGUCAUUCAACUUUAAUUGCUAAUCCAGAUACUGAUCGUACUGACAAUGACAGUUCGUGGUUAUCGUAUCCUACAAAUGUUGAAUUUAAUGGAAGAAAAGAACUUGGUAGUUCAACUUCUAACGAUAAUCUUCCUACAGUACUGGUUGAAGGUGGAAUCCGAGAUGGUCCUAAAUAUUAUUGCCUACGAUCAAUGGGACAACAAGCAGAAUAUUUAAAUCCUGGAGUAAUGGAUUGCUCUGUAACAUUUAGUGUUGAUAAAAAUAUUUGUGUUAUUGGUGUCCAAGUUCCUACGCAAGUUGCUUGUGAAGUAAAUGCUAAUCAAAUGAUGCGUUCUGCUGAUGGAACUUAUACGGAAAUUUUAUAUGCUCAUCUACUUGAUUCUGAUGGUUCUCGAUUAACUUAUACACAUUUUACAACAAAAGCUACUACUGGUACACUGGUAGAAAUUGGUUUUAACAGACCUGUUUAUAUUCAAAAAAAUAAGAUUUAUCGUGUUGGAGUUGUCUUUAAUAAGCCUGGAUGGUACCCAAUAGGAGAUUGUGUUCAAAGAAUGACAUGUGAUACUGUAUUUUUUUCGUUUGGCGUCGGCAACAGUACAGAUAGCGUCAGAGAUGGUUUAAUUCGAUCAAUUGUUUUUACUUAUCAUCAAUAAAUUUUAAGAAAAAUAGAAAGUUAAGUAUUUUUUUAAAUUGUGAUAUAAUAAAAAUAUGCCUUUUUCUUACUCUUCAAUGAUAAUUUACAAUCAGAUCUUUUAGGCCGCUAUUAUUUAAUAUAAAUACUCUAUGAAUUGAAAAAUUAAUUUUACAAAUGACUAAAAAAAAUUGCAAAUUGUAAUGUACAAAUGAUUUAGUCCUAUUUAUUUUCAGUAUACGUCUGUAAUACGUCAAAUAUGGGUAUCGCCGGAUAAGCAUGCCGAAUCGGCCUCCACGGAAUUUUCUAUCGACACUUCGAAAAUCGAUUUGGUACCAAAUAAAAAAAAUUUAGUCAGAAUGUCAGCUCUUAAUCUCAAAUAGUUUUCGUGAUAUUAAAAAAAAAACCUAUUUUUCGAUUUUUAUUUUUGUUUUAAUAGUAAAAUUGGAAAUUAGUUAGAAAAGAGACAAUAAAAUCAAAUCUUCGUUCAUUUUUUUCAUAGAAAAUUCUGAAAUAAAUGUAAACAAUAGUUUUAGUAAAAUUCGAUCAGCUAAAGAGUCAGUAUUAGCUUAAAUAAGUCGAUCCCUGAAGUGCCGAUAGAAUACUCUGUGGGGAUUCAUUCGGCAUGCUUAUCCGGCUAUGCCCUUUAUUUAGUCGAAAAAAUUGGGAAAUUUGAAAAUAUUUUAUUGCUUUAUUUUUUAUUUUAAUAUUUAGUUAUAAUAAAAUGAGUCAAAAAAUUGUCAAUUACAAUUUCUAGUGACAUCUAAAAACUGAAACUAAAUUAUGUUUUUAAGUGAAAAAUAAACAUCUUGAUUUAUCAGAGAAUAUUCAUAUUUUUUUUUAAUAAA